AUGGAAAGCCAUCUAUCCCCUCUUCACAACAAUGCCAUUGUCUGUUUAUUUAUGAUUCUUUCCUUCAAAUUAUGUAUUGAGCUUGCAUGCUGGACUCGCCUGCGUCUGAACCGAGGCAUCUCAAGACCGCUAUUACACAUCCUUUUGUCCUCGGGAGUGAUAUUUUGGCCAUAUUUUGAUGAAUCAGAUUGGAGCUGGAGGUUGAAUGCUCUCGUCCCUGCGGUUGUAGGGGUGCGAAUGAUCUACAAGGGGGGGAUUGUCAGAGAUCCUGUCGAUGCCGAUGUAGCGAAUAUGUCACUUUCCAAUUCUCCUGGGGACCUAUUAUUUGGGGCAUCUUUCCUGCCCCUCGUCAUGUGUUAUCUUGGUAUUUACCAAUUCUUGAAACCUGAGUGUGCAAUUGUUCCAGCUGCGUUCCUUGGAGAUAGUCUUGCCCCUCUAAUCGGAUCACGUUACGGACGCCAUUUAUUCCAGAUGCCUUUUGGUCAGAGCAAGACGAUGGAAGGUAGCAUUGUGGGAGUCUUCUUGGGCACAAUUAUGGGGUGUUAUUUCUACUCGUAUAUGAUGGGCAUGCAACUGCUUCCACUAAGAAUGAUCCUUGCGUACAGUGCAAUUGCAGCAGUUGCUGAAGCCACAUCUCCUGCCAACAUGGACAACCUUGCUGUCCCAAUUGUUCUUCUUUUCAGUGCAGAGUGGGUACAGCUGCUGAUCCCUGCGUAG